AUGUUCAUCCAUUCGAUAGUCAAUGUAGCUUAUAAUUCCCAAUUUUUCAUCUCUCGGUUCCACGAGGCUUUAUUCCACUACUCUGCAUUGUUUGACAUGUUUGAGGCCAAUGUGCCGUGCGAAAAUGAGGAGAGGAUGUUGUUUGAGAGGGAAAUUUUGGGGAAUGAGAUUCUGGGUAUCAUCGCGUGCGAAGGAUUGGAGAGAGUUCAAAGGCCAGAGACAUACAAACAGUGGCAAAUUCGAACUCAGCGGGCCAGGUUAAGGCAACUUCCCCUGAGCCAAGGAAUCAUGAAGACAGUGAAAGCUAAGGUGAAAAACUGCUACCAUAAUGAUUUUUUUGUUGAUGAGGCUAGUAAUUGGUUGUUAGAGGAAUGGAGAAGCCACCAUUGA